AUAUUCGAGGAAAGAUGAGCGCCUCACUCGCCAGCAGAGCCGCCGCUCUCUUAGUGCCGCAGACGCAGCAGCAGCCGUCGUCGUCGUCGUCGCCGUCGCCGUCACCUCCGUCGCAGUCCUCGAACUCCCUGCAACAACGAAAAGUCUCUGUAAGACAGUUCGCACCGAGUUUCGAAACCAGCAGGAGUCUCACCUUAGCGCUGAAACGACCCGCCGAGGUGACUGUGCCGGAGGAAGAACCGGUGCUCAAACGAGCCGCUCUUCCCGACGAAGCAACACGUCAGGCGACCGAAGCAAGGCGAGACGACACCGACGGAGAAACGGGAGACGAAACGACGCCCGAGAUGAUGCCGGCCCUCACCCGCAUUCCCUCAGCCUCUUCAACCCUGCCGCGGGUCCAUCGCCUCACAUUGCGCACCGUCACAGCACCGGGUCUCGAUAUAACCCGACUGGGUGACGUCAGGGCGAUGACGACCCUGGUGUGCUGCGAAGUGUCGGCCGGGCGGCCGCGCGACGGCCUCAAACUCGCGCUGAACAGGAGUCUGAGCGAACCGGGUCCGCCGACGGAGCACCUCGGCGCCUCGACGUCGCUCUACCCGACGCUACCGUCGCCCUGCAGCGCCCCGCCUAAGCGGUGCAAGAUGGAGACCGUCAGCCUCCCGACGAGCCCCUGCGCCGAGAGCGGGACCCUCCAGCGGUCCCUCGUCCUCCAGCACGCGGUCGCCCUGGGCCCCGGGGAGCUGGCCCGCCGGCUGGAGAGGAACAGCGGCGGGGGCCUCGUGCUGCUAGACUGUCGGCCCUUCAUCGCCUACAACGUGAACCACAUACGAGGGGCGAUAAACAUAAACUGUUCGGACCGCUUCAACCGACGACGACUCCAGCAGGGAAAGGCCACCCUUGCCGACCUCGCGACCGCCCGCGAGGGCAAGGAGUUGCUCAGGAAACGGUCCUUCAAGGAGGUCGUUGUCUACGACGACUCCACCGCUGACCUGGAGCAUCUGCCGGUACAGCAUCCCCUGUUUCUCGUGCUCACCGCCCUCGUCGAGGACAACAGGGAGCCCGCCUUGCUUCUCGGUGGUCACAAAGAAUUUCACAGACGGCACAGAGAGCUCUGCGAAGACACGCUACUUCCGCCAAGCGGUUCCGCCGCCGGAUCUUCGACCGUUAGCGGAUGUCCGAGUCCCGGACCGGGAUGCCCGAUGCUGGGUGGACCGCCGACGCCGCAACCCGCCGACAUAGACAACCACCCCGCGUCGAGGGUGUUGCCGUUCCUCUACCUCGGCAACGGCCGCGACGCGGCCGACCUCCAGCUCCUCAGAGCCCUCGGGGCUACCCGCGUUCUCAACGUCACCUCCCAGCUUCCUGGAUACCACGAAGAACGCGGGAUUACCUACCGCCAAAUACCCGCCUCCGAUUCUGGCCACCAAAACCUCAAACAGUACUUCGAGGAGGCCUUCGACUUCAUUGAAGAAGCGCGUAAAACCGGAAGUAGCGUGUUGGUGCAUUGUCAGGCGGGAGUAUCGAGGAGUGCAACGAUAGCGAUAGCGUACAUAAUGCGUCACAAGCAGAUGUCGAUGGUGGAGGCUUACAAGUUGGUGAAGAUGGCGCGGCCGAUAAUAAGCCCGAACUUAAACUUCAUGGGACAGCUUCUGGAGCUUGAACAAGGUCUUCGGGCAGCCGGCGGAGUCGGAGCGCCCCAAGAAGAACCGAAGAGCUGCCAUCAAUGCAGGUGGAGUCAUCAGCAGAACAGCGAGGAGGUAACGUCCGGCUGCAGCGUAUGAGAAUAUGCUCUGCGUUCGGGGCUUGAUUCCGAAGGGAAUACGCAGCCUCGAAUUAUUGAACAAAUCUUACAGUUACUGCAUAUGGCCGCUUAAUAAGAGAUAAGAGACGACGACGAUUUGGAUAGGGAGUGGUACACGUGACGGGUGAUCGGGAGGGGGAGAACGGGAUGAGAGAAUCUAAGAGAGGCGAGAUGAGGACGAGAAGGUGAAGGAGAGAACGAGGGAGGAGCGGAGCGAAGGAAAAGCGUCAGAACUACCUUACCUUAAUAUACCUACAUGAACUACAUAUCCGGGAUCGCGUUUGUGCGAAAAAACGCUAAAUCUUGAGCUAAUCAUGUGCCUUGUUCGCCUAAGAACCGAAAGGCUGAUCACUAUUAAUUUAUUAGCGAGAAAGCGAGUAUAUGUGAAAGAUAAAAGAAAAUAAAGAGAGAAAAAAACAAAACGAUUGGGAGACGAAACUAUACGGGAAGAUGGAAGAACCACAUUUGCCUUAUAGAUAACAAGAUACAAAAUACAAGAGACAAGAUACAAGAAACAAGAUGGGAAAAAAGUAAGAGAAAGGAGCGAUUUGCGUGCGUGUUUAAAGUAUAAUGUGAGUGACGUAUCACGCGCGCCAAGACGCGUUUUACCUUAUAUGAUAAUAUGUAAUUUAUUGAAUGAAAAAUGAUACGAGGAAGAGAAAAGAUAUAAGAGAAAUUACAGAGUAGAAAAAAAAAAACGACAAGUAAAAUCUGUUCAAAAAAUUAAAAAAAAAAAAACAAAAAAAAACAAAAAAAAAACAAAAAUGAUUACAAAGUAAAAUAUUUUUUAAAAAUUAAUUAUGUUUGGUAUGUUAAAUGAAUGUUUGCAAGACCACCAAAUGUGUCAAUAGACGGCGACACAAAAGAAGGGUAGCCAAAACGGUGCAGCGGUGUGACUGCUGUACGAUGAGGUUCGUGAUCGAGGAAUAAAAGAAGUUAAGAAAGAAAUCUGGGAUCAUUUGACUUUUGGCAGAACUUGGAGUUCGGAAAUAUAGUCUUCAUCGAUUAGGCGUAGAUAUUUUUGCAAACAGAUUGAAUUUCUUUAACUGAAAUACAUAAAUAGUACUUUGAAACGAGCUUCGAGCCUUUUGUUGACGAGUAAUUUACUAAUUCUGGUUGUGAGGCGAAAUUUUUUUCUCUGGACCUUUCUGAAAGGUCGACUGAACCAAUUCGCAUUUCGCAGACACACCGCUCUGAUAAAAUUGAUGGAAAGGAUUAAUUAAAUGCAGAGGUACUUAUUGAUAAUUAUAUUGUUAUAUACGUAGAAAAAGAUUUGCCAGUUGAACAAAGCUUUUACCUGCUGUCACGAAUCAUUACAGCUACAUUAGAUAAAAAAUCACAUACUCGUCUUAUGAAACGAUUUCAAUUUUGGGUUCGACGAUGAUUUAUUUUACCAACUCGCUGAAUAUCAUGGCGGUAGAAUAAAUCUUUAUUCAACUGACAUUUCGUCCCAUAUCUCCCUUACCGCGUGACGAAAGACUGAGUAUACUUUGCGAAAAAAUAUAAUUCAUUUGGAUGACUAAUAUCGUACAAUAAUCGCAAAAUUGUAUGCACCGAUUGGCUGAUUUAUAGUGAAAUAAAUAAUCGAAGAUUGUACGUUGCAUUGCAGUGUGGUGUGGUGAACACGUCAAUUCUUGUGUAUUCAAUUUUCAUGACAUUGCUUCCUGGUUUCAAUAACCAUCAUGGUACGAUAAUUGUAGAGAAAUGUCUAUUAGAUGUCCUUUAUUGUUUAAACAAGUGUUUCUCCCACGAUAUUCAGAAAAAAAUCAUUGAAAAACAUGCAGGUUUUCUGCAGUUUUUUUUUUGCCCCUUGUGCGAAUGGGUUGUUUUUGACGAACAUCUUAAGACGGCUGCAACCGUAUAAUGAUGCAUGCUGCUCCGCACGGGCAUUCGUGUCCACUGCAUACAUACCCUAUCAGGCGUGGCGGGUGUUGGCAGUAAUUAUUAUUAAGCAUUAACGGAAGGUUGAAAAAUUUGGAUGCUGUCGACAGCUACGGAUCACCGACCACUCCUGAAACGCGUGCACCCUUUGAUUUUGACGUAUGAUUAGAAGUUUGGGUCGUCGUUAAAUUUUGGCAUCUACAACGUCGAUAAUAUGAACAGAUCUUGCAGAUGCGUACGGGUUUUAAAACGUGUUGUAACAUGUGUUUGCUGACAACCGUGCGUAUCUGUAAUAUGUAUAAAGCGUAUAUUUUAGAUUUGAAACGAGAAUUUGCUAUUUCAGUCAGGUGAAGUGAAAUGUAUGAUUAUGAUAAUGAUACGCGCAUAAGAUAUCAGGUAGUACACAUCGUUAAAUGAAUAAGAUAUGUAAAGUUUUAAGUGCGAUGAAAUAGAGUAAAACGAAGAAAAAAAAUAAUAGAAAGGAUAAAAAUAUUGGCGGCGUAGUCGUAUGACAGAGGCCCCUUAUCUAGUCGUUUAGUUUGUUGGGACUAAUUAUUUGAGUGUACAUAAUAAUAACUGUAAUAAUAAUAACAAUAACGAAUAACGAUUAUUAUUGUAAUGAUAAUAUUAAUAAUACAUAAUGUUAGUACGAUGUGGAACACAAUAAGGAAAGAGUAAGCUUAUUAUAAGCUCCAGUGCGAUGAAAUUAUUGAAUGUGGAAGUACAGAGAUGAAUGUAUAAUGAUAUAGGUAUAAUAAUGAUAAUAAUAAUGUAUACAUAUACAGAGACAUACGAAGGAGAAAUUGUAAAAAGAAAAAAUGAAAAAUGAUUGAUACUAGAGAAAAAAGAAAAAAAAAAAAAAAUACAAUCAUUCAAUCAAAGGCUGUGUGUAAAACAAGCGAAAGAGAUCGCGAUCGUGUCACCGGCUAUGCACGACCCCGAUGGAAAGAAAUGGAGACCAAUUUGCUCUGUGGAUAUUUCUAAACUCUACGUACCUAUACACAUAUUACGCGACUUAAUAAGACUUUAAUCCGUAAUACACGUCGUUAUAUACUUAUGCAUAAAUGCUUCCUCUAAUUCGUUGCACCUGUUAACAGAAAGCAUGUAAACAAACCGUUGAAAGUUUGUCGAAAUUGCGCCAAAGAAUGGUGAAUGGAAUGGAGUGUUGGGGUCCAACAUAUUCUAAACACACCAUCUGGUGGCAGAACGCAUACCGAAUACACUCGCAACAUGGUUGUGUUUAAUUUAGUGUACAUAAAAAAAAAGUCUUCUCUUUUGUCUCGUAUUUUUUACUCUAUAAAUAAAAUCAAUGUAAUUCAAAUAAAAGCCCAAAAUUUUUCACGAA